GAGCCUCUUCUGCCUUGAGCUCUGCUGCUUGGUUGACUGCCCGCUCCUGGCUAUCGGAUGACCUCUAAGUCACUUGGACGCCAAAGGGGGAGUUGCUUGGGGGAGGCGAGUUUGCAGAUGUUUUCUCAUAGUCCCCACUGAUCUGUGCUCCGCCAGCCCACUUUUCUGAAGGCCUGAGUGGAAGGUAGCUCAGGCCUCUCCAGGUCUGGAGGGAGCCAGGCAGAGGAGGGCCCUAGUGAUCCAUUAGGCAGAGGCAAGGAGUGGAGGGCUUUGUUUAAACCCAGAGCCUGCAGAAUUAAGUAGGGGGGGGAGGAUGAGGGGAGGACUCCCCUUUCUUCCUCUAGUUGGUACCCUCUCCCUCCACCCCCACCUUGGUCCCAGCAAUGCCAGCUGCCACCUGCUGGGACUAUCUCCAGUUACAGGCUAAAGGCUGGAAAGAGAUAGAGAAGCACUUGUAGCGGGAAGCUGGUAGGGAACAGACCUGAGUCCCCUGCAAGCUCUAGGCUGGCCUUCUUGUUAGUUUAGUGCCACGUCUGGGACCUGCCAUCAUGGGGGACAUGAAGACCCCUGAUUUUGACGACCUUCUUGCUGCCUUUGACAUCCCCGACAUUGAUGCGAAUGAAGCCAUCCACUCGGGGCCAGAAGAAAAUGAGGGGCCAGGAGGUUCAGGGAAGCCAGAACCCAGUGUAGGGGGCGAAUCUGGAGAAGCAGCAGUAGCCGCUGCUGGGGAUGGCUCUGAGGUUCCAGCCCAGGCCUCUGACCAUGGCCUGCCACCGCCAGAUAUCUCAGCAGUCAGCGUCAUUGUCAAGAACACUGUGUGUCCUGAGCAGUCUGAGUCCCUGGCUGGGAGUUCAGGAGGGGAAGGGGCCCGGGCUGGGGGGGUGACUAAGGAUGGGCCUCUGGGGCCUCGUCUGUUGCAAAAUGGUUUUGGGGGCCCUGAGCCAUCCCUUCCAGGAACACCCCACUCCCCAGCUCCUCCUAGUGGGGGUACCUGGAAAGAAAAAGCCAUGGAAAGCAAAGCUCCAUUGGACCUCUUUGCUCAUUUUGGGCCUGAGCCAGGGGAACACCCCGAUCCCCUGCCUCCCUCUGCGCCUUCCCCACCUCGGGAAGGGGCCAUGACCCCACCUCCUUUCCCCUCUCCCUUUGAGCUGACCCGGGAGAAUGGCCCAGCCCUGCUGCCGCCUGGUUCACCCCCUCCACUGGGGUCUUUGAAGCCAGGCAGCUGCAGCCCUCUUAAUGCCCAGGGCCUAGCCCGGCUAGGCUCGGGCUGUAGCCCUGAGGCCACAGGCAUGCCUGCCAGCACCUCACCUCCUCGGGUUGCGGAGAUGCCCUUCUUCAAGCAGUCUCCAGCACACCAGAGCCCUCUUGCCUCCCCCAAAGUGCCCACCUGUCAGCCCCUAAAGGAAGAAGAAGAGGACGAGGGGCCAGUGGACAAGUCUUCCCCAGGAAGUCCCCAGAGUCCCUCUAGUGGAGCCGAGGCUGCAGACGAGGACAGCAAUGACUCCCCUGCCUCCUCCAGCUCCUCCAGGCCCCUCAAGGUGCGGAUCAAGACCAUUAAAACGUCCUGCGGGAAUAUCACAAGGACUGUAACCCGGGUGCCCUCAGACCCUGAUCCCCCUGCCCCCUUGGCCGAGGGGGCCUUCCUGGCCGAGGCCAGCCUCCUGAAGCUGUCUCCUGCAACCCCGACCCCUGAGGGUCCAAAGGUGGUGAGCGUCCAACUAGGUGAUGGCACGAGGCUAAAGGGCACUGUGCUGCCUGUGGCCACCAUCCAGAAUGCGAGUACUGCCAUGCUGAUGGCGGCCAGCGUGGCCCGCAAAGCUGUGGUUCUGCCCGGGGGCACUGCCACCAGCCCUAAGACAAUGGCAAAGAAUGUGCUGGGCCUGGUGCCCCAAGCCCUCCCCAAGGCUGAGGGGCGGGCAGGGCUGGGGACAGGGGGGCAGAAGGUGAACGGUGCCUCAGUGGUGAUGGUGCAGCCUUCCAAGCCAGCCACCGGGCCAGGUGCAGGGGGUGGCACCGUGAUCUCCCGGACCCAGUCCAGCCUGGUGGAGGCCUUCAACAAGAUCCUCAAUAGCAAGAACCUGCUGCCUGCCUACCGGCCAAACCUGAGUCCCCCGGCUGAGGCUGGGCUGGCCCUGCCUCCAACAGGCUACCGCUGCCUCGAGUGUGGGGAUGCCUUCUCUUUGGAGAAGAGCCUGGCACGGCACUAUGACCGCCGGAGCAUGCGCAUCGAGGUCACCUGCAACCACUGCGCCCGCCGCCUGGUCUUCUUCAACAAGUGCAGCCUGCUGCUGCACGCCCGCGAGCACAAGGACAAGGGGCUCGUCAUGCAGUGCUCGCACCUGGUCAUGAGGCCUGUAGCCCUGGAUCAGAUGGUGGGGCAGCCGGACAUCACGCCCCUGCUGGCUGUCUCACCUGCCCUCGGACCUCCAAUCUUGCCUGCCUUGGGCAAGGGUGACGGGGCCAUCACCUCCGCCAUUACUACAGUUGCUGCUGAGGCCCCUGUGCUGCCACUAUCAACCGAGCCGCCUGCUGCCCCUGCCACCUCCGCUUACACGUGCUUUCGCUGCCUGGAGUGCAAGGAGCAGUGCCGGGACAAGGCUGGCAUGGCUGCCCACUUCCAGCAGCUUGGGCCCCCUGCCCCUGGGGCCACUAGCAAUGUGUGCCCUACCUGCCCCAUGAUGCUCCCCAAUCGCUGCAGCUUCAGUGCCCACCAGCGCAUGCAUAAGAACCGACCUCCCCACGUCUGCCCUGAGUGCGGGGGCAACUUCCUGCAAGCCAAUUUUCAGACCCAUCUCCGGGAGGCUUGUCUGCAUUUCUCUCGCCGUGUAGGAUACAGGUGCCCCAGCUGUGCAGUGGUGUUUGGGGGUGUGAACUCCAUCAAGUCCCACAUCCAGACGUCACACUGUGAGGUUUUCCACAAGUGCCCCAUCUGCCCCAUGGCCUUCAAGUCUGCGCCCAGCGCCCACGCCCACCUCUACACCCAGCAUCCCAGCUUCCACGCGCAGCAGGCCAAGAUGAUCUACAAGUGCGCCAUGUGUGACACGGUCUUCACUCACAAGCCCCUCCUCACCUCACACUUUGACCAGCACUUGCUGCCCCAGCGUGUCAGCGUCUUUAAGUGCCCAUCUUGUCCUCUGCUUUUUGCCCAAAAAAGGACCAUGCUAGAACAUCUCAAGAACACCCAUCAGUCUGGGCGCUUGGGGGAGGAGACUGCUGGGAAAGGGGCCGGGGGUGCCCUUCUGACCCCCAAGACUGAGCCCGAGGAGCUGGCUGUGUCUCGGGGAGGAGCAGCUCCCCCUACUGAAGAAUCUUCUUCAACCUCAGAAGAGGAAGAACUACCCAGCUCCCCUGAGCCCCCUCGCCCAACCAAACGGCCUCGGCGGGAACUAGGGAGCAAAGGCAUCAAGGGCGGGGGUGGGGGCCCUGGAGGCUGGACCUGUGGCCUUUGUCAUUCCUGGUUCCCUGAGCGUGAUGAGUAUGUGGCUCACAUGAAGAAGGAGCAUGGCAAGUCAGUGAAAAAGUUUCCCUGUCGCCUGUGUGAGCGUUCCUUCUGCUCCGCCCCCAGCCUGAGGCGCCACGUCAGGGUCAAUCACGAGGGUAUCAAGCGAGUUUACCCAUGCAGGUAUUGCACAGAGGGAAAACGCACCUUCAGCAGCCGCCUGAUCCUGGAGAAACACGUCCAGGUUCGGCACGGCUUGCCGCUCGGGGCCCAGUCCCCUGGCCGGGGGAAUGCCCUGGCUCGGGGCCCCGGUGCCAGAGCCCAGGGGCCAGGACGGAAACGCCGCCAGUCCUCUGACUCUUGCAGUGAGGAGCCUGACAGUACAACACCUCCAGCCAAGUCCCCCAGGGGCGGACCUGGGUCGGGAGUUCCCCUGCGCUACCGGAGCAGUGGCUCAGCGGAGCAGAGCCUCGUGGUGGGGCUGAGGGUGGAUGGCGGUGCCCAGCAGUGCCUCGACUGUGGCUUGUGCUUUGCCUCCCCUGGCUCCCUGAGCCGGCAUCGUUUCAUCAGCCACAAGAAGAAACGGGGUGUGGGUAAUGCCAGUACCCUACGCCUGGGGGAUGGGGAGGAAGAGCCCCCGCCUCCCUCAAGGUCUGAUCCAGAGGGUGGAGAUUCACCCCUGCCUGCUUCUGGAGGCCCACUGACCUGUAAGGUCUGCGGCAAGAGCUGUGACAGCCCUCUCAACCUCAAGACCCAUUUCCGCACACAUGGCAUGGCGUUCAUCAGGGCUCGGCAGGGGGGCAGUGGAGACAACUAGGCCCCAGGCCUGGACUGACCUGACCCCUCCCUCUUCCCCAGAAGCCUGGGUCACUGCUGCUGCCUGGUCCCUGGACUGGGGAGUUUCAUUGUAAUUCACAUUUUGUUCAACUCCUCUCCUCCUAACCCCUGAAGACGAAAAGCUUUUGAGGAUUAUAGUUAUUUGCAGUCCCCCCUUUGGGUUUGCUCCUUGGGUCCUAGUAGAGUGGGCCCUCCAUUCCUCCUUUCUGAGCCCAACACUAAUUCUUCUCCUGCUGCAGACCCUCGUGUGGGACUAGGGGUGGGAGGAUGGGACUUUCUUAGGCCUGCUAGACAGGCCCAGGAGGGCCCCCUGCUGGGGCAGUGAGGGACACUCUCCUCAACCCCUGCAGGCACAGACUGUGAGCCUGGCCCUGCCCUCGCACCCCCCCACACCCCACCCUGGCACUCAAGCCCCCAACCCCUGCAGUGCCUUUCACUUGUCUUUUUUUUCCCCCAGGAAUCCGUGGGGGGGUUGCUGGGGACGAGUCCUGUCAAGGGGGGCCCGAGGAGAGGAGGAGACAGGCUCUCAGGAAUCCUUUAUUCUUGUAGUAAUAAUACUACUAACAACAGUGGGGGAAACGGGAGGGAAAAAAACCAGACCAUUAAAACUGCUCGUGGUUUAAUCCCCA